CCGCUCCCCCUCCCCCACCCUUCCCGCGGCCUGGCCGUGCCCCGCGGGGUGGCGCCGGGCCCCAAGAUGGCGGCCGCGGCCCCGGGCCGUCUUGGGAGUCCCUCCGGGCGUCCCGCCGGGCUCCGGAGCGCUCCGCCGGGCCCGUCCUGCCCGGGGAGAAGCGGGCGGUGUCGGCCCCGCGGCCGCCCCCGGGGAGCGUGAGGCGCGGCCCCGCGGCCGGGAUGUGCGAGGCGACCGCAGGUAGUUGGCACGUUGGAGAUAAAUGCCUUGCACCUGGUACUGAAAAUGAGAAGCUUUGUGAAGGAACAAUAUCAUCUAUUGAAAAGGACAAGAAUGGAAAAUCAUUUGCUACUGUAUCAUUCCUGGAGUCUGAAGAAAAGAAAAUACUAGUAUCUAAACUCUGUAGAGUUGAAGCUGGUAGAGGUCCCUGGAAAAGCGUAAUAUUUGAUGAUGGUGAUCUGGAAAAGCCUUUUUUUCCUGACCGAAAUCUUCUGUCUUCAGCAGUGGCUUUUAAGUUAUCUGACAAUGGUGACUUUAUCCCAUAUACAAUUAAUAGAUACCUACGUGAUUAUCAAAGGGAAGGAGCCCAGUUUCUGUAUGGACACUAUGCUAAUAAAAGGGGAUGUAUUCUUGGAGAUGAUAUGGGCCUUGGAAAGACAAUACAGGUCAUUUCGUUUCUGGCUGCAGUGUUGCACAAGAAGGGAACACGUGAAGAUAUUGAAAAUAAUAUGCCAGAAUUUUUACGGAGGACAAUGAAAAAAGAAUCAAAGUAUAGUCCUAAGAAGCCUUUCCUCAUAGUGGCCCCUCUUUCAGUGCUGUACAACUGGAAGGAUGAGUUAGACACGUGGGGGUACUUCAAAGUCUCCAUCUUACAUGGCAGUAAAAAGGAUGAUGACUUGAGCCGCAUCAAGCAGGGGAAAUGUGAAGUUGCCCUUACAACAUACGAGACACUUCGCUUGUAUUUAGAUGAACUUAACAGUGUAGAGUGGUCUGCUGUCAUAGUGGAUGAAGCGCAUAGAAUCAAGAAUCCAAAAGCUCAAAUAACUCAAACCAUGAAGUCCUUAAAAUGCAGUGUUCGCAUAGGCCUUACUGGAACCAUUCUUCAAAACAAUAUGAAGGAACUUUGGUGUGUUAUGGACUGGGCUGUACCAGGACUUUUGGGUAGUAGAAUGCAUUUCAAGAAGAAAUUUUCUGAUCCAGUGGAGCAUGGUCAGAGGCACACUGCAACUAAAAGAGAGCUAGCAACAGGUCGUAAGGCCAUGGCGAAGCUAGCAAGAAGAAUGUCUGGCUGGUUUCUGAGACGUACUAAAGCGCUUAUCAGUGAUCAAUUGCCAAAAAAGGAAGACAGAAUGGUGUACUGUUCCCUGACAGAAUUCCAGAAAGCAAUAUACCAGGCUGUGCUGGAGACAGAGGAUGUAAGCUUAGUAUUAAGAGCAGGAGAGCCAUGUAGCUGCAACAGCGGCCGUAAAAGGAAGCACUGUUGUUACAAAGCCAAUGCUUAUGGUGAAACAAUUAAGUCACUGCGCUUCAGCUACCUGACAAUCCUACAGAAAGUUGCAAAUCAUGCUGCACUGCUGCAGACAGACAACACUAGCAAGCAGCAGGAAGCACAUAUCAAACGGGUGUGCAGCGAGGUCUUUUCCAGUUUUCCAGAUUUCAUGCAGUUAAGCAAAGAUGCAGCCUUUGAAACAAUUUCUGAUCCAAAGUACAGUGGAAAAAUGAAGGUUCUUCAGCAGCUUUUAAAUCACUUUAGAAAAAACAAGGACAAAGUUCUCCUUUUCUCCUUUUCCACAAAGUUGCUAGAUGUGCUGGAGCAGUACUGUAUGGCGUCUGGGCUAGAUUACCGAAGACUUGAUGGAAAUACAAAAUCAGAAGAUAGGAUGAGAAUUGUAAGAGAGUUCAACAAAAUUCAAGAAAUUAACAUAUGCCUUGUAUCUACAAUGGCUGGUGGACUGGGUCUUAAUUUUGUGGGUGCAAAUGUUGUUAUACUGUUUGAUCCGACGUGGAACCCAGCAAAUGAUCUUCAGGCUAUUGACAGAGCUUACAGGAUUGGUCAAUGCAAGGAUGUUAAAGUGUUUAGACUGAUAUCCUUGGGAACUGUGGAGGAGAUGAUGUACUUACGUCAAGUUUAUAAGCAGCAACUACACUGCGCAGUGGUUGGAAGUGAAAAUGCCAAGCGGUAUUUUGAGGCAGUGCAAGGAUCAAAGGAACAUCAGGGAGAGCUUUUUGGGAUCCAUAACCUUUUCAAACUUAGGACUCAUGGGUCUUGUCUUACUAAAGAAAUCCUGGAGAGGGAAGGGCGAGUAGAAGCGGGAGUUAUGACAGCAACUACUUGGCUAAAGGAAGAGUCUCCUCCACACAGCUCAGAAAAGUCUGGACAACCAGACUUUGAAGGACAUGGAGAUCCCCCAAGCUCUAAGGCACAGUUAGAGAGAGAAGAAAUAGAUUUUCAUGAUGAUUUUAGUGAUGAUGAUAUGCUGGAAAUUUCCAUGAAAAGAAGUGACAGAAAGAAGCCUUGCAGCAUAAAUAAUUCAACGGUAACAAAGGGACAGCUUUCCUUAAUGCAGUGUGGUUUUUCUAAAUUGUUGCAGAGAGAAAUUGAAACUACCAAAAAAAAUGAUGAUAAUGACAAUUCUUAUCAUUCAAGUUCUGAUGGUCAGACUACAAGAACAAACUUAAAUAGCAAAGGUACUGGUGUUCAGAAACGUCAAAGCCAUGCACAUGUUUUAGAGCACAGCAAAGCUGCUCAGUCACCAAAUGGAACUGACAAACAAGAAAUGUGUAGUGCAGAUUGGCUUGUUUUAUCAAACUCUGAGGAGGAAGAGGACAGAGAAGAUGAAGAUCAGUGCAUUUCAAAGCAAAAUGAUGUAGUCAUGGAAACUGAAAGCAGUUCUGAAGAGAAUGAUAAUAUCAUCUUUCCAACCCAAGUUCCAGCAUGCCACCAAGCAGUGCUUACUAAAAGAGCUGAAAUAUGUAGCUCAACAUCUGAACAUCCUGUAGAGUCAGCAAAAGAAAAAGAUAGGUUUGUAUUUAAGAGAGAUGGUAGGCAACUUGGAUUCUGUAGUACUGAGUCAAAUUUCAGCAAAAUCAGGUCUUCUGAAGAUGUUAAGAACAGUGCAAGAGAUUUGAAAGGUGCAAGUGACGUGAGUGAUGAGUCUGAUGAUAUUGAAAUUCCCUGUAAUUCUGAAUCGGGAAAAUUGAGAACUUUCAGCUUUCCAAGACGGAAACAAAGGCACGCCCAUAGCAAUGAACUACGUAACUUCUCCAAGUCUCAGCUGCAAGCGAAGCCCAGUAGAAAAGAAAAGGAAAGUGAAUCUCAGAAUAUAGAUGAAUUUUCAUCCUCUGAAGAUAACUUACCGGUUCAGAAGAUUCAUGCCAGAAAGCAAAGCUAUAAGUGUAAAAGCCAGAGACGGACAGUUCGGUUUGGGUCCAAAAUCCUCCAUCCUAUUCAAGAUACAAUGUGCUCUGUUGUAGAAAACAAGUCCAGGAAUUAUGCUGGGCAUAAAACUUACGCACAUAAAGCAGAAUUUGACCAUCAGGAUCACAAAGUGGAAUCAAUGGACAAGUAUUUAGAUGGUGUUCAGGAAGUGGCUUAUAUGCAUUCGAAUCAGAAUGUGGUUGGAUCCAGCAAGGCUGAGAAUCGCUUGAGCCGGUGGGCAGUGCGAGAUGUAUUUGAGUUGAAGCAAUUUUCCCAGCUCCCUGCUAAUGUAGCAGUCUGUAGUGCCAAGAAAUGACUCUUUGGGAAAGGAGUGCAAGAACACUGAAAACUAACAGAGCAUUCCAUUGAAGUGGAUGUGUUUUCUGUUUGGAAAUACUGUUUUUUCCUGCAGAUCUUAAAGACUAACUGAAGCAUUUUUCUGUCUACUUAUGUACGAAUUUAGAACAACAGGAGUAGAAAGCAACAACAUAAUAAGCAUUAAGUAAUAAGCAAAAAUAAUAAGUAAUAAGCAACUAAGACAGCCUCAUGAGAAUAUUGAUAUUUUGUUGAAUUCAUCUUGUUUCCUAUCCACAGUGGAUAAUCUAGGUUUAUUAGUCCUUUAUUGCUGAAGCAUGAAGACUAAUGUAGGCACUUAAGUUGCCUACAAGCAUCCAUGAGGAUGCUUUCUUCAAAGUGUGAAAAGUUCCAUGGGAAGAAGGUCCUUGGGAGUCAAGGUAGAAGGGUUGGGGGACAGGAAGUUUUCGUUUGUCAAAGAAAGCUUUGCAGAAAUUUAGGAAAUCUUACUUAAGAACAUGAGUAACUAAUGAAUAAAUAAGCUUGGAUUUGAAUUGAUUAUAAAAAGUGUAAGAUUUGAACUUAAGGAUAGGAAAAGGUGUCUUGACGAUAGUUUCUUUCCUUAAUUUGACUUCAGAAAGUCUGUGAGAUCUGGGCAGUGGGUACUAAUAUAUGUUUUUUGAAGUGUAGGUUUCAGUUGAGCGUGUUUUCUAUCCAGUAAUGAAUAGUCAGUCUGUCCUUAAUGUUACUUGUGCUAUGAUUCAUGUAUCAUCUGCCUUUUGUCUGAUUAAUAAACAUAGUAUGUUAACCUGCUAUUGUUCCGUACCUCUAAAGGCAUAGGGAAACAAAAUCUUGGUUCUUUUUCACAAGAAACAGCUCUUGCCACUAUUUAUUAUCUUCUUGUUUGCUUUGUGCUCCAGGUUCCAGAACUGUGCUGAUACACACCUUUAAGUCUGUUGCAGAGCUUUUGACUCUUCUUUCUGCAGAGGUAUUAGGGAGCACAGUCAUACUCUCAAUUCUUGUUUGUUUUCAAAUGAAUUGUACAAACUGACUAGUUUAGCUAGGAGUCCACUCUUACAAUACGGUAUUCUUGUUAGUGUGGAUGUCCACAGAUCCUAUGUGAUGGCUGAAAAUUCAGUUGGGUUGGGUAACAGCAAUCAGAAUAUGAAGUGUGCCAUCAUGAAAUAAGAGUAAAACAUGUGAGAGCUGUCUCAAAUUCUCAGCUGUGAAAAAUUAGACAAAAUCUAAAACUAGUAAAAGUAACAAGAUGAAAUAUGCAUUAAGUAGACAAACGAGAGAGUAAACCACAUCUUGGAUGACUAUUACUAGCCAAACUGAGUACUGUCCAGUAUUUGAAUUAAAGAAAGAUAACUAUUUGAAGAUAGUUUGUAUACGACAACGGAAGAAGCAAGCAAAUGUGGCAGUCUUUAUCACAUGCUCUUGAAGAAACUAAAAGAUACUGUAUUUUGGGGAAUAUCUACCCUUUGUCUGAUGAGGUCAUCAGAAUGCAUAAAAAUGGAAGAAGAUUCUGUAGCUGUAGGUAAGAUGAAGAAGUGGUUUUCAGUGAAGAGAGAAGCUGUUGUCAUCUGAUGGAAGGAGCUAUCAUAAAUAGACAUCUGUAGCAGUGUAUAUCUGCUUUAACUUUAGUUUUCAAAUAUAAUAAGGUACUUAAAAGAUUAGAAAUUUUAAUUUAUUUACUUUAGAUAGACAUGGUAUUUAUACAUUUAGAUAUCCCUUAAAGGCAGAAAACUAGAAUUAUGGUAACAAUAUUUUAGCCUCCUAACAACAGUUUCUGAAUCAUACACAUUACCUAGUGUCUGAAAAUUGUCCAAAUUCUGCCCAUUGACCACAACUGGCAAUGUAAGAUCAAUGUAGAUUUGGAGAAGAGAGGACAGAAGAGCAGAACAUACUGUUAUAUGAUAAUCUCUCCCAAAGAGCUGGUGUUUCUGAUAGUGCUCUUUAUGUGAAAGGCACUGAAGUGUCAAUAAUAAGAGGUGUUUCUUGUUCCAUGCAGAGAUGUGGCAAACAACUGUUCUGAACAAAUUUUGGAGAUACAGGUUAUAUCUCAAGUAAUUUCCACUAAGUCCAUCCUCUGCAAGUUCUGGGAUAUGCAAUGUAUUUUUAGAACUAAGUGUUUCAGAGACCAGUCAAGUGUGUCUCUCAGAUUGCAGUUUGCAGUCUUUCAUAGCAAGUCAUAAAUAGCAAGACAUAAAUUAUGUCAUAGCAAGACAGAAAUUAUGGUCAGCUGUCUGAUACCAUGAUGCAGAGAGUAUCACACCAGACUUCAGUGUUCUAAACUCCCGAGUGGAAAAUGCAUGUCAUUUAGUGUGACAUAUCUACCACAGUAAAAAUUACUGAGAACUGUUCUUUGCAGCCUCCUUACUCAUACAAACACAGAAGAGACUUCAUCUGCUGUUUCACAGUAGAUUGUUUCUACGAAGGGUUUUCUGGUCUUUCGUAUAGAAGUAUGAAGGAAAAAGAUUGUUUUUAAAAAAAAGAUACUAGAGUAAUGAUCUUGUUUUGCCUGCAUUUUCUUUGUUGUUUUUAGGCUGCUCUAAUGCCUUUGAGUCAUCUUUGUUCUGCAUUUUAUUUUCAAUUCAAAUCUUCUGUUUAUACAUCUGUGCAAAUAGACUUGGUUAGAAAUUCUCUUUUCAUCAAACGAGUGAAAAAUUGUGUCUAUUGCUUCAUCACUAUUAAAAAAAAUAGUUCUUCAUUUGUUUUUUCAGCUAUCUUGUGUAACUGCAGAAAAAAAAAGGAUAUUGAAACCAAAAACUUCUAAAAUCAAAAACUGUGAAAGAAACCUGUAGACCAGACAUGGUGGCCUUCUAAAGCCAGAGUGUAAUUUUCAGACUAGAUGUACAGUUAUUUCAGCCUUUCAGGAAACAAACAAAGAAGUCUUGAGAUUCAUUCAUGUGAUACUUUGUUCAAAAUUCUUUUGGCAUUGUGAAUUUUAGGUAAAAAUGGAAGUGUUAACAUUUUCUCUAAAAUCUUAAUCAUCUCCUAAGUAUUUUAGAGGUUUUUUUCCUGGUGGGUUCCAGGUUCCAAAGCAACCUGCAGUGUAGGAGCUUGUUACUUACUUUGUUUUUUUUGGGUAACUUGCACUGUUUUUUGUGAAGCUUUUUCUUAGGUACAAUAAGGAAUAGAAGCCUCCCAGAGUCAAGAUUAAAUAUCUUCUAAUGUUUCUAGUCUAUUCUGAAUUAAAUGACUGCAUUCCUUAAUUAAUUCCCUAAUUAAUUGGCAAAAACAACCCGUGUGAAAUAUUUUACGCAAGUACAGAAGUCUGAAGUAGGCUUUCUUUACUUCUUGUAAAGCUGAACUUGUGAAGUAUUUCUUCAAUAGGAAUCCUGGGAAUGGGGGGUGAGGAGGGGGAGCUGAAGCAUGGGGAAGACUUUACAGAAGGCAUGGAUGUGUCAUAAAAAAGUCAAAAAUAGGAAUAGGGCAUACUAAAUAAAUUGAAAAAAUGAUGUCCCACAUUAGAGCUAACUUGCCCUUUUUAAUAUGUGGAAAAGAAUUAGUCGCAUAGAACUUCUACUGUACCUGUUGAAUAUGUGGAGUCUUUUUUUUUUUUCAUCCAACUGUAUGUUUUCAACUUAAGUUUACUUAGUUUUACUGAAAAGAAAUGUACAAAGACAGCCAUUCAAUUGAGGAUUAAUCACUAUGGCAACAGAAAUGUGGUGCCUGGAAAGGGGGAGGAUGUAUUCUCCCCUCUGCUUCCUGCCAGCUGUCAUAUUCAACCUCUGUGGCAUGAAUUCAGGCCAAAAUAUAGACUGUGACCAGCUCUAAGAAACUAUAUCUGUAUUUUUAUAAAUUGGUACAAGAAUCACACUAUAAAAGAAGACUUAAUCCUCUGAAUUGGAUGACAGACAUUUGGCAGUCUUGCCAGUGUUGGACAGAGAAAUAACGGGAUGCUUUGUAGUAAAACCUGGAUUAAUGGUAAACCCCUCUUUAUGUUAUUGCAAUGUGGUGUAAAUGAGAGAACUAAGCAUGCUGUCAGCCUGAGAAAAAAACGUGCCCUUUGUAUUUCCAAUGCAGAUUUAAGUGCUGUUGAGAAUACUGUAAAUAAAAAAGUUGUGUUAUUAAGAACUUCUCUUUAUUGUAUUUGUACUGCAUUGACAUUUUGUAGAUUAUUUAAACAAAGACUUUCUAUCAGUUAUAGUAACUCUGAUUGCAGUGUGUUUGCACAGCUUUCAGGCUGAACAAGUUUAGAUACUUGUUUACAAUGAGUAGGCUUUUGGGAGAUAACAUUCCAUUAUGCUUGCUCUUCUGGGAUGGGGAAUGCCAUUCAGCUUUAAAGUAAUUGUUCCCAAAUGAUUGGCCUGUAAUGCUGCUUUAUAGAGAUUACUGUUUCAGUUUACAAUGGAAUUAACUCUUUCAGUAUGGUGUAGGUAUUUUUAAAUUUGGUGAGCAUGUAAGUGACAUUCUGUGAUGCAAGUAGUUGCAUUUUCUUUAUGGUGUACAUGCCUGGCUUUCUGUUUUGCUGCUGUUUAGUGGAGGGGUGGGAGUGCAAAAGAAGGUAGAUGAAAAUCCACAGACUUCUGUUGGAAUAAAGUUAACCUUAGCUUUGAAUUUUGAGAUAGGCUGAUUAUCUCCUCUCAUCCAAACAGUAACAAUAAGUAUGUUGAUUUAUGGCAUUGUGUUAGUUGCGAAAAGGUAAUAUGGUUUAUAGGAAUUUUUUAUUUAAAAAAAAAAAAUCAACAAAUUAAACGAAACUGCUCCUAAUGAGAAAAUUUGCUGGUACUGUAUUGGAGAAGAAACAGUGGAACUGGGAAGUAAAUGCAAAACAGAAAGAAAGCAAUCUGUCCUCAUAUGACUUAGUAGGCUAUUUUCCACUGCCAAGCAAAAUACUAGAGUCUGUGUAGUCCCUAGUCUCUCUUUGGAUGAGAAAAAAAAAGUGGAGAUGACAAAUGGGAAAAUAACUGUAUAGUGCUCUGAUAAAUUUUCUUUUAUCAGCAAGUGUAGCUCCAUGCUCUGGUAAAUAUAAAUGUGCAAGUCCUGCUCUGUGUGUUGGCUGAAUAUUUUGGAGGAGUAAUUGGAACACUGGAUAAGUCUAAGUCUAACUUCUUUCUUGUAGCUUGGAUGGUAUUUCAGCUAUUGGUCUGCUAGGAUAUUAUCAAAUAUUAGGUGUCAUAGAAUUCAUUUUAAUUCAGAAAUAAUAUGAAUACAAUUGUUCAAGAGUAUUUUAAAAUUCCAAAGUAGGUUAGCUUUAUUUUCUAGACAGUUGAGCUACUCAACGUUAGCCAUACAAUUACUUCUAAUUCUCAUUCUAUAAUCCUAUUCUGCUAGAACAAUAGACCAGUUCAAUCUGUGUAAGACUGCCUUUCAGUUAGGAAAGUUAAAUUCAGAAGGAAAAUUAAUGUACGUGUUAGAAAUUGAUUUAAUAUACGAUAAGAUUCAGGCAUAUUUCAAACUAGGAUGUGUAAGUCACUGUAACGCUUUGAAGUACAUAAUUUGUUCAGUAUUACAUCAUCUGUAAGUAGAAAAGCAAUUCUGCUUUCUUUUAAAAAUUAGGUGGAAGCAUUCAGAUUAUUCAAAGAAAGUAGCUUUUCUAUGAUCUUGAGUGGAGGGACCUUAAUUUUAGAUAAACUACGUGAAAUUUUCAGAGGACACUAUUAUACUCCGUUUUCCUUGGCAUGCAAAAUGAUUGAGGAAGAAAUUCUUGUUGGACAUGAAUAUGUGUAGAAGAGAAAAAUGAGACCAAGGACAAACAGGUAACAAACAUUUUAGUCUGUUUAUAUCUGAUAUGUCCUGACAAGUAUGUAAAAUGUAGACAAAGUAAAAACGCUAUCUAAGAAUAGCAUAUAUUCAAGAACAGAAUAUAGAAAAGUCAUACUUUUGGAUAUAUAUUAUCCAAAAGACUACUGGGGAGUGGGUGUGGGGGGAACCAAAAAAAAAGGAAAACUAAUGGGGAAAAAAAGAUUAACUGAAAUAAUAUAGAAUUGUAAUUUGGGUAGAUAAAGUCACUGAAAUACAAUGAGUAUCACUUGGUCAAAAUAAUAACAAUUGCCCAGUAUCUGCUGCAACUUGUAAUAUACCUGAGAAAUCAUCUGUUUUGUCAGGUUUCGAGGAUAGUGGGAAAAUGCAAGGUAAAAUAUGGCAUACAGUUCUGUUACUUGCUUGCAUGCCAAGUUUUAAGAGGAUAGUCGUACUGAACUCAGUUUUCAUGCUUUUUUCUGAUUGAGGUAACAAGAUAUUUGAGAAGGCCAUUCUUGUUCACUUCGGAAACAAAAACAGACAACAAAACUCUUCAAGGGAUGGUAUCCUGGAUAUCAGGCAGCAGUGGUUUCAUAUGUAGAGAAAAGCUAGUAACACUGCUUCAGAUGUGAGUGGGGAAGUCAGAGAUGGGAAUUGCUGCUGGAAAGCAGUAUCUGGCAAGGUACCUACCAUAAUGAUUCUUCAGUUAAGCAGUAGCAGAGGGGAGGAUACUCAGAUGUCGUGCAACUAUGGCUGAGGAGUAAUUGUGCAAACAUGUUUUCAUCUUCAGGCUUCUGUAGGAACUUCAUUAUCCUCAGUCUGGUUACUCAAGAAAAUGCCAUAGGCAAGAAGAGACAGCCUAAAAAAAAUAAGUAUCAUCCCUGCACCUGUGUCUUUUUCUCUACUCAUCUCACUGCUAGACUCUGCUCAUCUGCUCUAUCACACGUUUUCAUCUUGCUGUACAUAAAAAGAUGAACAUUGUUCUCUGUUGCUUUGCUUGAAGAGGCUACAGAGAAAAAGGGGGAAGUCACAGGCCUAAGAUGAUCGGUCACGUGUGAGGAUGCUCAUGCGUUUGCAGUCAUUGCCACAGAGCACAGCCACCUCUCUGUGCCUGUAGCAGGAAGGACAUAGGCAGAGGUUUUGUACCGUCAAAAAUAGGCACGAAUUGGCUUGAGUACGUGUAUGCUGUUUUAAAAACUCCUGUAACUGUGUGGUGGGAGGCGCACAGAGCAAUCAGAUCCAAGAGCUGUUGGAAUCUCUAAGCAGAAGUGACUGCUGCACUGUAGCACUUACAUUUUUGCUUGAUUCUCAGCUGCAUGUCCGUGAAGAGCAUGAGUCUUUAAGUGUGUACUGAUGUGGGACUUCAAAGGUGCAGGUGCUGGACUCAUGGUUACAGCCGGUGUAUAAUAUGUAACUCAAAGAAAUUGAAACUCAUUGUUAGUAUCCAGAACCUUAGGUAUAGUUUUAUGAGUGAGACGCAUACCUAACAAAUGAAGAAGGAAUAGAGGAAAAUACCUUCUGUGGCAGAAAGAUAGGAAGGGUGUACAUACCGUGUUUAAGUUGAAAAUCCCAGAGUUUAAAUGGAACAUGAAAUGUGAAAAUGAAUGGUUUCUCUGACAUUUUUUUCAUGAGUGGUAAGAGUCCCAAGGUUUUCUGAAUACUUCUAAAACUGUUUUCUGCAAAGUUAUGUAAUGACCACUCUUCUUUCCUAGGCUCUUUAGAGCCAAUGCAAUAAAUGAAGAUGGGACAGGAUAAGAAAAUAAGUGUAAAACAGGAAGAAAUAACUGCUCAUUUACAUGGUACUUUCCAUCAUUGACAAUAACACUUCAGAAUUUCAUUUUACUGUUCUUUUUACAUUCCACACACACCCCCGCCCCCCCAUUUCCUGGGAUAUUUUCUGCAGUGUAACCUUUUCUCGUGUAACUUUUUUUUUGAAUCCAAAAAAUGUUGCUUCUACUGAUCAACUUGUAUCUAUAGCUUUUUGGGUGUGUUAUAUACAUGCCUGUGUUUGAAGAUAAGUUUUCUAUUUCUCCUAAACUUUGUGCUGAGAUUUUCUUGGCAAAGAGGAAUGGCAUAAGUUUGAAGACACUGGUAAAAAUAUCACAUUCAGUAAUUCAAUAAUACAUUAGUGCUUUUUGUCUUUGGUAAAAGGAAUUUAGGUGUUACUUGUUUCCCAUGCCAAUGUACAAUGGUUUGAGAAAGGAGAAAAUGGGAAGAAUGCAGUAACAUAUAAAGGUGUGUUACAGGUAAUUCAGUAUAUGUGCACUUAAUUUAUCAGAUGACCAGUAAGUAUGUGGUGAAGUUUAAAGGGAAACUUCCACUUCGAGCAGUGGAAAUUUCUGUGUGUACUUUAACAUAGUUAAGUAUUUAAUAAAGACUCCUUUUGUAAUUGCUGUCAAUCCUUUUUUAAAAAAAUCUUCUAAAAUACAUUUGGGAUACACUAAUUAUUGCUUUAGCUUUACAUCAUAUAUUUCAGAAGGCUAAUUAGAAGAUGUGCACUGCAGUACACAAAAAAAAAAAUUAACACAGUAAUGUGUGUGAUGGCAUAAUGUUUGGCAAGAAUUCUUUUUCAUCAGCAUGUUCUUUUGAGAAGUUCGACAACACUUGUGGUUAUCUAAGUAAAUUAAUUAAUAUACAAUACUAUAAGUUAAGCAAAGGUGAAGUGCACUUCCAAUGCACAGAGUCCUUGGGGUGAAGGAUUUUUCUUUCCUGUAUUAUUCCCUUCUUCAGAUCAUAAAUUUUCGAAUGGGAGACCCUUUGUAUGAAUACAUUGUGGAAUGUGCUAGUGUCAGUAAUGUAAGAACAACAGUCAGAGGUUCCUAGCUGAAUGAGAUUCAAUCGAUUUGUCUUACUCUGCAAGAUUGCCUGAGGCAUAUGACAUAUGUGCUAAUUCAGAUUCACAAGACCAGGUUUCUAAAGUCAAAGUGGAAUUGGAUGUAGGAACAGAUAACGGGAGGGACACAUGAUGGUGUGAUGGUAGAGAAAGCACUUGGGGAAAAGAAAAUAGCUGUCAAAAGGAAUUUUGCAUCAUAAAAUAGAUUUGAAUCGUUAAGUUAGAAGGCAAGUAUUUAAAGGGAAUCAAAAAAAAAUCAUUUUUGAGAGGGAGGAAACAGUAGAAUUAAUGAUUAACAGAUGACAUCAGAUUCAAAAGAAAGCUAAGAAAUACAGUGCUGGAGUGUUGAUUGAAAUUUUUGCUUUUUUAAUGGUAAUACAAGUAGAAAAAUACAGGGAAUAUUUUCAUGUAUACAUGUGGAAAUGUUAUCAGUAGCUUGAACAUCAGCCAUGUGUCAUUCAGAGUAACAAACUUCAGAUUGGACCUUUAGACAGCCCUGACCCAUCUUGAGAAAAACUACUGAAACAAGUGUUUUAGUUUUACUGACAAAAUGCUUAGGCACAAAAUGCUUAGGCUUAUCAUGCAUAUAUAUAUUUAUAUAUAUGUAUAUGAAUAUGAGUUUGGGGCUGGAUUUAAGUUGGCAAACUCUCAGAAACAUUCUGAAGUUCAAGAGAGCCAGUUGUGUUUCAGCCUAACUGGGUGCCAUGUAACUAAUUGGCCUUGCUCCAGAGAGCUGUGAUAAGAUUUUCAAGAGUAACUCACAGUGGCCAUUAGCUCUCACAACUCUUGUGGUAACUUGUUUCCACAAACUUUUUCUAGAGUCAGGAAAAAUCUUUGAGCUGCUAAUUUGGGUAGAAAAGGAGGAACCGUCUGUGUGUAUACAGUGAUACCUCGCUGUUUCUUUCCGGUUGGCAGUGGUAGUCAAUGUAGUUAAGUUUUGUACUUCCACAAGCAAAUAUGCCAUCUCUGAAGUUAUUUACAGUUAGCAGUUUUUAACAGAAAUUGCUUGUCUUUGCAGAAUUAUACGACUUCCAGUAUGUCUACAAAAUUUGCCUUUUUUUCCUCCAAAGAGUUUUUAAUCUGAGUGUGAACAGAUAUGUAAGCAAAGUGUUGCUGCCUUUUAUACUUUGGUCUUGUUUAUUAAGUGGUAGUUGAAUGUACUUUUCUGGAGGCUUUAAAUACUUUUAAAACAGGCAUUAACAUGGUCGGGCUUGUAUUCUACAGUUAUUAUUAGAUUACACAAUCCCAAUUUCCUGACAGAGUGACAAAUACUCUAUGUAUUGUCACAGUAAAGUCUGAAUGCUAUAACUAUUUAGUCAUGCCAAAAUUACAUCAAAACAGAUAUACUUUAAAACUGGCAUUGGUUUAUUUUUUUCAAAUAUGUUUUCCCGACUAAGUUCUCCAUCAUCCAUGCAAAUGUUU